AAAAGAUGAUAGUGCCCUGUGCUGCUCUUGCACCCGUGAGAAAGAUAGGUGUUAAUGGCAAGAUGUAGGAACCCGGCUAGACAACGACUUGGCUGGGAUGAUCUAGCUGGGGCUGGUCCUGCUUGGAGCAAGAGGAUGGACUAGGUGCGACCUCCUGAGAUCCCUUCCAACCCUCGUUUUCUAUGAUCCUAUGACUCUGAAUGUAAAAUAUCCCAGGUGGUCAUGUUGUACCUUCCCUUCUGGUCUAAAAUGAAAGCGAUGCAUCUCGGCAGGAGUUCCCCUUGCCAGGACCCUUUCCUGGAAACUUCAAGUUCAGAUUUUAGCAUUUCUGAGCUGUCAUGGGGGUGGACUUUUGUUCUCGUUGAGAAGGGACAUCCAGCUUCUUUCACAUGUAAGUACUGCCACGUUUCUGCUUAGAUUUGUCUUUGUGAGUCCUUACCGAUGGUUGAUAAAGUGCACGUCCUCCUUAACUCACUGCGUUCACCUGGUUCGAGCACGUCAGCAUGCUGGUCAUCCUUCUGAACUGCGUCACGUUGGGCAUGUUCCAGCCCUGCGAAGAUGUGAAGUGCAAGUCCGAGCGGUGCACUAUCCUGGAGGCGUUUGACCACUUCAUCUUUGCCUUCUUUGCUGUGGAGAUGGUCAUCAAGAUGGUAGCCUUGGGGAUCUUCGGGCAGAAGUGUUACCUGGGAGAUACGUGGAAUCGCCUGGACUUCUUCAUCGUAAUGGCUGGCAUGUUGGAAUAUUCGCUGGAUGGACACAAUGUAAGCUUAUCCGCCAUCCGAACCGUCCGGGUACUCAGGCCUUUACGAGCCAUUAACAGGGUCCCAAGUAUGCGAAUACUCGUCACCCUGCUGUUAGAUACUCUGCCUAUGUUAGGCAACGUCCUUCUCUUGUGCUUCUUUGUCUUCUUCAUCUUUGGGAUCGUCGGCGUGCAGCUCUGGGCAGGGCUGCUGAGAAACAGGUGUUUCCUCGACAGCAAUUUUGCAAUGACAUAUAACCUAACUUUCCUGCAUCCGUAUUAUCAGCCAGACGGGGAGGAUAAUCCAUUCAUCUGCUCGUCCCAUCGGGAUAACGGCAUGCAGAAAUGCUCCAAUAUCCCAAACAACAAGGAGUACAAAGUGGAGUGCACCUUGAGCAUGGACUCCUACACCCAAAAUUUGUAUAACCCAGAAUUCAGCAACAGAAAUGCCUGCAUAAACUGGAACCAAUAUUACAACGUAUGCGUGGCAGGGGAUGUGAACCCACAUAAUGGAGCUAUUAAUUUUGAUAAUAUUGGCUAUGCCUGGAUAGCUAUUUUUCAGGUUAUAACCCUGGAAGGAUGGGUUGACAUCAUGUAUUAUGUUAUGGAUGCACAUUCUUUUUACAAUUUUAUAUAUUUUAUAUUGCUUAUAAUAGUUGGUUCUUUCUUCAUGAUUAACUUGUGCCUGGUUGUGAUAGCAACACAGUUUUCUGAAACAAAACAGCGGGAGAACCAGCUGAUGCAAGAGCAGCGGGCCCGCUACCUCUCCAACGACAGCACAAUUGCCAGUUUCUCGGAGCCAGGCAGCUGCUACGAGGAGCUCCUCAAAUAUAUCUGCCACAUCUUCAGGAAGGUGAAGCGCCGGACGUUACGCCUGUACAACAAUUGGCAGAGCAAGCGCCGGAAAAAAGUCAACCCCAACAGCACCACCAACGGGCAGAGCCGCCGGGGCAGGAAGCGCAUCACCUCUAUCCAUCACCUCAUCCAUCACCACCAUCAUCACCACCACCACCACUACCACAUCAGCAACGGCAGCCCCCGGGGCCCGCGCUCCAACCCGGAGAUCUGCGGCCUGGAACUGAAGGUCAUGAAGCCGAGAGGCCAACUCAUGCUUCCUUCUCCAUCGCCCAAUUUGCAGAGCCCUCCCGCUCCCGAUUCGGAGUCGGUGCAUAGCAUUUACCACGCCGACUGCCACGUCGAGGCCCCCCAGGUGAAAUGCAAGUCUUCCAACACCCCCACAAGUAUUAAGCUGGCUGCUGGGCUCACCAACCACGGCAACAUGAACUACCCGACCAUCCUGCCUUCUCCGGCUAGCAAAGCCAACUCUAUCCCAGGUCCCAAAGGAAAGAAAAACGGCAGCUCGCCUGUGCCCAUGGUGAAUAGCCCGGUGCGCUUGAAUGCGGAUUCGUUUGGGAAGCUGCAACACCUGAUGGGAGAACACGGUCUGCGCAGGGCUUCCAGCAGGCUGUCGGGGUUGAACGUGCCGUGCCCGCUGCCCAGCCCCCAGGCCAGCAUGCUGACCUGCGAGCUGCAGAACUGCCCCUACUGCGCCAGCAUCCUGGAGGACCCCGAGUUCGAGUUCAGCGAGUCCGACAGCUACGACUCCGACAACAACGGGGUGUACGAGUUCACGCAGGACCUGCGGCACGGGGACCAGCGGGAUCAGAUUCAGCAGCAGAGGAACAAGAGGAGGAAGAAGAAGAAGAAACCCAAGGAGAAGAAUAAAGUGGCCAGGCUGUGGUCCGCUUUCGGCAACAAGCUGAAAAAGAUCGUGGAGAGCAAGUAUUUCAACCGGGGGAUUAUGAUCGCCAUUCUGAUCAACACGCUGAGCAUGGGGAUCGAGUACCACGAGCAGCCGGAUGAGCUGACCAACGCCUUGGAGAUCAGUAACAUUGUCUUCACCAGCAUGUUUGCCCUGGAGAUGCUCCUCAAGCUCCUGGCCUUUGGCAUCUUCGGUUACAUCAAGAACCCAUACAACAUCUUCGAUGGGAUCAUCGUCAUCAUCAGCGUCUGGGAGAUCAUCGGCCAGUCGGACGGAGGCCUUUCUGUGCUACGAACUUUUCGGCUGCUCAGAGUCCUCAAGCUGGUGCGUUUCAUGCCCGCCCUUCGCCGUCAGCUCGUGGUCCUGAUGAAGACGAUGGAUAACGUGGCCACCUUCUGCAUGCUGCUCAUGCUCUUCAUAUUCAUUUUCAGCAUUCUCGGCAUGCAUCUUUUUGGAUGCAAGUUUAGCUUGAAAACAGAAACAGGGGACACCGUUCCAGACAGAAAGAACUUCGAUUCCUUGUUGUGGGCCAUCGUGACCGUCUUUCAGAUCCUCACGCAAGAAGACUGGAACGUGGUGCUCUACAACGGGAUGGCAUCCACCUCCUCGUGGGCUGCGCUGUACUUCGUGGCCCUGAUGACCUUCGGCAACUACGUUCUCUUCAACCUCCUCGUAGCCAUCUUAGUCGAAGGCUUCCAAGCAGAGGGUGAUGCCAACAGGUCAGACACGGAUGAGGACAAGACGUCUGCCAACUUCGAGGAGGAUUUUGAGAAGCUGAAAGACCUCCGGGCAGCAGGUGGGGAGAUGAAGAUGUACUCUUUGGCCGUCACCCCAAACGGACACUUGGAGGCCCGGGGAAGCAUGCCCCCACCCAUCAUCAUGCGCACCGCCGCUACGCCCAUGCCUACGCCCAAGUGCUCGCCGCACAUGGACUCGGUGCACACCUUUGUGGACUCGAGGAGAGGGAGCAAUGCCUCGAUAGAUCCCCUGAGCUACGAUCAAAAGUCCUUGUCCAGCCUCCGCAGCUCACCCUGUGCAAACUGGGGACCCAGCAGCAACUGGGGAAGCCGGCGCUCAAGCUGGAACAGCCUAGGCCGGGCCCCGAGCCUCAAGAAGAAGAACCAGUCCGGGGAAAGGGAGUCCCUGCUGUCUGGAGAGGGGAAAGGGAGCACAGAUGAUGAGUCCGACGAUGCCAAGUCCAGCACCGUCAGCAGGGCGUCCUUGCACCGCCGGGCGGAGUCCUUGGAUUACAGGAGCUCCUUGGACUUGCCCGAGCUCCUCCAGUUGCCCAGCAUGCGCCAUUCCCUCAGCAUCAACCCCAUGGCCAUGCUGCCCACCGAGUACCAGGACUGCAACGGCAAAAUGAUGCACGUGCCCAGCGAGUUUUUCCUGCGCAUCGACAGCCACAAGGACGACCCCUUGGACUACGAUGACGACAUGGAGGAUAGUUACUGCUACAGGAUCCGCAAAAUACUGGAGCCCUACAAACCGGAGUGGUGCAAGAAUCACGAAGACUGGUCCCUCUACUUGUUUUCUCCGCAAAAUCGGUUUCGAGCCAUGUGUCAGAAGGUGAUCGCCCACAAGAUGUUUGACCACGUGGUGCUCGUCUUCAUCUUCCUUAACUGCAUCACGAUCGCUCUGGAGAGGCCCGACAUCGACCCCCACAGCACGGAGAGGAUAUUCCUCAGCGUCUCCAAUUAUAUCUUCACUGCGAUCUUCGUGGCUGAGAUGAUGGUUAAGGUGGUGGCUCUCGGCUUCUUCUCUGGAGAAAACACCUAUCUCCAAAGCAGCUGGAAUGUCCUCGAUGGGGUCCUGGUCUUUGUCUCCAUCAUCGACAUUAUUGUCUCCAUGGCAUCGGCCGGCGGGGCUAAGAUCCUGGGCGUCCUUCGCGUCUUAAGACUGCUGCGAACCUUGAGGCCUCUCCGAGUCAUCAGCAGAGCCCCUGGUCUGAAGCUGGUGGUGGAGACUUUGAUAUCGUCUCUGAGGCCCAUUGGGAAUAUCGUGCUCAUCUGCUGCGCUUUCUUCAUCAUCUUUGGGAUAUUAGGAGUGCAGCUUUUUAAAGGCAAGUUCUACUACUGCGAAGGGUCAGACACCAAGAACAUCACCACAAAAGCCGACUGCACCAAUGCACGCUACAAGUGGGUCCGACGGAAGUACAACUUUGACAACUUAGGGCAGGCUCUGAUGUCCUUGUUUGUCCUUUCAUCCAAAGAUGGCUGGGUGAACAUCAUGUAUGACGGCCUGGACGCUGUGGGCAUUGACCAGCAGCCCAGCCAGAACCACAACCCUUGGAUGCUUCUCUACUUCAUCUCCUUCCUGCUCAUCGUCAGCUUCUUCGUGCUCAAUAUGUUUGUGGGGGUGGUGGUGGAGAACUUCCACAAGUGCCGGCAGCACCAAGAAGCAGAAGAGGCCCGUCGGCGGGAGGAGAAGCGGUUGAGGCGCCUGGAGAAAAAGCGCAGGAGUAAGGAGAUAUACAUGUCUGAAGCCCAGCGCCGACCCUACUACGCUGACUAUUCCCCAGCCCGGAGGUACAUCCAUACCCUUUGUACCAGCCACUAUCUGGACCUGUUCAUUACGUUCAUCAUUGGUGUCAACGUCAUCACUAUGUCCAUGGAGCACUACAACCAGCCCAAGUCCCUGGAUGAAGCACUGAAGUACUGCAACUACGUGUUCACCAUCGUUUUUGUGUUUGAAGCUGUUCUCAAGUUGGUGGCAUUUGGUUUUCGACGAUUCUUUAAAGACAGAUGGAACCAGCUUGACCUUGCCAUUGUUCUGCUCUCCAUCAUGGGCAUCACCCUGGAGGAGAUUGAAAUGAAUGCGGCGCUCCCCAUCAAUCCCACCAUUAUCCGGAUCAUGCGGGUGCUGAGAAUAGCAAGAGUACUGAAACUGCUCAAAAUGGCCACCGGCAUGCGAGCUCUCUUGGACACCGUGGUGCAGGCGUUGCCCCAGGUAGGGAACCUUGGCCUACUUUUUAUGCUCCUGUUUUUUAUCUAUGCUGCCCUGGGAGUGGAGUUGUUUGGAAAGCUUGAUUGCAGCGAAGACAAUCCCUGCGAGGGCUUGAGCCGCCACGCCACCUUCGCCAACUUCGGCAUGGCCUUCCUCACCCUCUUCCGGGUGUCGACCGGAGACAACUGGAACGGCAUCAUGAAGGACACGCUCCGAGAGUGCACCCGGGAGGACAAGCACUGCCUCAGCUACCUGCCGGUCAUCUCCCCCGUCUACUUCGUCACCUUCGUCCUCAUCGCCCAGUUCGUCCUGGUCAACGUGGUGGUGGCCGUGCUCAUGAAACACCUGGAGGAGAGCAACAAAGAAGCCAAGGAGGAUGCCGAGAUGGACGCCGAGAUCGAGCUGGAGAUGUCCCGCGGAGCUGCCACCCCGGCCAGCAGUGGGGGUGGAGGGAGCACCGCUGCCUCCGACGGCAGGGCCCCGUACGGGAGCCAGGAGGGCGGGAAGCUGGAGUCACCCCUGCGAGUGAAACAACAGGCACUGGAGGCACUGAGCUGUGAGAACGUGUCUUUAGCCAUGCCAGACUCAGACCCGCUGGAGGGCGGAGAGACUCCCGUGAUGCAGCACACGUCCUUCUGCUCUGUUCCUCACCACCAUGUCCCGACACCUUCCCACAAAGCCCCCGGCCACGAGUCAGAGGAAGGAGCUGCCUGCCUCUGGGCGAAGAAGGAGUCUCAAAACUUCCUGACUGUCCGCAAGAUCUCGGUGUCCAGGAUGCACUCCUUGCCGAACGAUAGCUACAUGUUCCGCCCCGUGAUGCCCGCCAAACCACCGUACCCGCUGCACGAGGUGGAGAUGGAGAGCUACCCCUGCAAGUCACAGAGAGGGUCCAUCACCUCUACCCGGUCCCAGCCCGUGGGGACAAGCUCCUCUCUGAGAAUCCCCACCGAGUGUCUUCAGCUGACCGCCGGACCGUCUUACCGCAACACCCGAGACCUUUGGAAGAUCCAUCCCCUGACGGCCACCCCGCGAUCUCCCAGCCUCAACCGGCUGCUGUGUAGGCAGGAGGCCAUCAGGACUGAAUCCGUGGAUGGGCAGAAAGCGGAGACCAAGGACAACGUGCAGGAGGAGUCUGGCGAGAGCCUGCAGCCGAAAAAGCCAUCCCAGAGCACCCUAAGCCCCCCUCUGCUGCAUCCUGCCCCUCUCUCCCUGCCAGGCACCCCUCCGCAUUCCCCUGCCUCGCCGUCGCACCACAGGCACUCGAGCGUCCGCACCCGCAAGCACACGUAUAGCCAGCACAGUAUUCCCAGCCGGGCUUCGAGCGACAGCAGCGACCCGCUGCACCCCGGGAACUCGCUCUUCGAGUCCUCGGACCUGGCGGACGAAGAGGUCAGCCACAUCAACAGCUCGGCGAAAGACUGGCGGGAGGCGCCCGGAUCGAGGAGCCUCUCCGUCUCCCCUUUUGCCUCCCUGGCUUCCUCGCCAGCCCACCGCAAGAACUGCAGCACAACCAGCCUGGCAGGGAGCGGCGGGAGCAGAGAGAAGGACUUGAAGAAGUUUUACAGUGUUGACACGAAAGGGUUCCUGGACAAGCCCAGCUGGGCAGACGACCAAAGACGGCACUCCAUCGAGAUCUGUCCCUCGCUGGAUGAUGGAGACUGCAGCUUUGAGCAGCCGGCGGAGGGCGCGCCGCGCUCGCCCAUCCACGUUCAGCUCGAGUCCGAGUACGUCCACGGGGCUCGGAGGAAGAAGAAGAUGAGCCCGCCGUGCAUUUCUAUAGAUCCUCCCAUGGAGGACGAAAGCGGCGCGGCCUCCCGUACCAAAGCAUCCGAGAACAGCCUGCUGCGGAGGAGGACGCCCUCCUGCGAAUCCGCGGCCUACAGAGAUUCUUUGGACCUGGCCGAAAACCCGCCGGGGGAGCAGCCCUCGAAAGCGGAGCGGCGGGUCCAGCCGCUGUGUCGAGGGGAGCACCUGGCCAUCCCGAACUUCUCCUUCGAGCAGUCGGACGCCAGCUCCUUGAGCAGCCUCUCGGAGCUCCUGUUGGACAGCGGCCAGUCCUCGCCCUCCACCGGGGAAUCCCGCCCGGACCCCGCGGCGCUCGAGCUGAAGAAGCUGGAGCCUUUAAAAACUCAGUGCAACCACCCGGAGACCAACAAGGAGCUCCUCGUGGUCACGAAGAGCCCCCUACGGAAGCACGGACUGGUCUCUAUGACCGUUGCAACAGAUGAAGACAUAGAGGAACCCGUAUAGCUUUCCAGGGGCGGGGGAAAGGGGAGUUUUAAGGGCUUGAUACCAAUGUGGUUUUGAAGCAGAAGGGACUGUCGCCACAUCUGGGUGGCUGAUCUUUCUUUUUUCCCAGUCACUUGUUCCUAAGCGCUGUGGAGGUUUGCAAAAAAACACAAAAUCAAUCAAUCGAUAGGUUGACGCGGUGGCAAGGUUCAGGGCAGGGGAGAGGGUUAUGCAAACUUUGUUUUCUUUUCUAAAGGGAAGAUGGAGUCGUGUCGUUCCCCCCCCCCCACAUGGCCUCAAUCACAUUGAUUCGGGUUUGGGCUUUUUUGGGGCAGGGUGGGGUUUGUUUUUUUUGGUUUGGGGUUGUUUUUUUUAAGGGGGGCAAAAAAAAAAAAAAAAAAGGAAUCGUCUCGAUUUUUAAACAGGCACCUUUUAUUGUGCAACGACGUCACAGUACACGGAAGUGCCCAGAAGACGGGAACUGUACAUUGUCUGUAUAUCAGCAGUUAUAUAAAUAGAAAUAAUGUAUUUGUGAAAUACAAAAAAACAAAAAAAAAACAAACAAAAAAAACCACAAAGGGAAAAAAAGACAAAAAAAAAAAAGACCCACAAAAAAAACCUCUCUCUUCAUAAUGCACAUAUUUUUAUAGAGAAACAAUACUGUUUUUUGCAUUACAUCUGACUCCCCAAAUGGGUGGUGUUUUCUUGGGUUUUAUGUGGAAGUAACUAUUAAGGCUGUUCAUUUUCCUAAUGUUUCUCUUCCUCCUUUACUUUGUCAUUCUUUCGUCUCCUUCCCCUUUUCCUUCCACGGUCAUCCUGUUGGCUUCUAUUCACAGCUAAUGCUUUUGAUUUGUGUGUGUGUGUGUGUGUGCACACGCAUGUGUGUGUGCAUGUGUGUGCGUGCACCCCUGUGCACUCAUGUGUGUAUGUGCGCGUGUCUUUUCCUCCCUCGUUUUUCUUUGCUACUUUAGAGGUUUAUCCUCUCUACAGGAAAAAUAAAAAAAAAAAAACCAACAAAAAAAAAACCAAA